AUGGCUCAAAGAGCAAUCAAAGGGGAAGACGGCAGAGAAGGAAGGAAGAACCAAGAUUUAGGAUAUGUUUUGAAUAAUCAUUCAGACCAGCUAAUCCGAACUGAAUUUCGAAGAUCUCUUGAGGUUUGCUCAUCACUAGUUGCAAUACCAAUUUACACUGACUGGGCUAACCACUACCUAGCAAAAUCUGGCCACAAGCGGCUGAUCAAGGAUUUGCAACAGGACAUUGCAGAUGGAGUUCUGCUAGCAGAAAUCAUCCAGAUCAUUGCCAAUGAAAAGGUUGAAGAUAUCAAUGGCUGUCCCAGGAGCCAAUCUCAAAUGAUUGAGAAUGUUGAUGUCUGCCUUAGCUUUCUGGCAGCCAGAGGAGUAAAUGUUCAAGGUCUUUCUGCUGAAGAAAUAAGGAAUGGAAAUUUGAAAGCCAUUUUAGGACUGUUUUUCAGUUUGUCUCGGUACAAACAGCAGCAGCACCAUCAGCAACAAUACUACCAGUCUUUGGUAGAGUUACAACAGCACGUCUCUCAUUCUUCCCCUCCCGCUGAAAUCAGCCAAUCCAAAACACAGCAAGAUAUGCAGUCCAGUCUGAGAGCCAGAUAUGCAACUCAGUCUAAUCACAGUGGAAUUGCAACCAGUCAAAAAAAGACUUCUAGGCUUCCAGGGCCCUCAAGGGUGCCAGCUGCAGGCAGCAGUACCAAGGUCCAGGGAGCUUCUAAUUUAAAUCGGAGAAGUCAGAGCUUUAACAGCAUUGACAAAAACAAGCCUCCACAAUAUGCAAAUGGCAAUGAAAAAGAUUCACCAAAAGGCCCUCACCCAUCUGCAGGCAUGAAUGGAAAUGUGCAGCAUCCCACCAGCACUGGGCAGCAGCCGGUCUCUGCCAUACCCUCUCCAAGUGCCAGCAAGCCUUGGCGCAGCAAAUCCAUGAAUGUCAAACACAGUGCCACCUCCACCAUGCUGUCCGUGAAGCAGCCUAGUCCCGCCACCUCCCCUACUCCAUCUUCAGACAGGCUCAAGCCACCCCUUUCUGAAGGAGCGAAACCCCCUUCAUCCGGACAGAAAUCCAUGCUGGAAAAGUUCAAGCUGGUUAAUGCUAGGACUGCUUUAAGACCCCCCUUGUCAUCCAGUUCAGGACCCAAUGAGAGUGGAAGAGAGGAUGAUACCUUUUCGGAGUGUGGUGAAAUGGACGGCUUUAGCAGUGGGCUAAAUAGUGGUGGCUCCACCAGUAGCAGUCCUAAAGUGUCGCCUAAGCUAACCCCUCCAAAAGCUGGAAGCAAAAAUCUCAGCAAUAAAAAGUCUUUGCUACAGCCAAAGGACAAAGAGGAAAAGAACAGGGACAAAAAUAAAGUUUGCACUGAGAAAACAGUAAAGGAAGAGAAGGACCAGGUCACUGAAACAUCUACAAAGAAGAGCUCAAAAAUUGCAAGCUUGAUCCCAAAGGGGAGCAAGACUACAGCAGCCAAGAAGGAAAGUUUAAUACCCUCCUCUAGUGGGAUACCAAAACCUGGAUCAAAGGUACCGACAGCAAAGCAGAGUGCUUCAGCUGUGUGUGCAGGAAGUAAAGAGUCUGAAAAAUUCAGGACUACAAAGGGCAACCAGUCUCAAUCGACAACGAAAUCACAAGCUAAUGAGAAAGCCUCCACUUCCUGUAGUCUUGCUUCUUCUGAAGGAAAAGAAUCUAGCCCAGCUCUGACCCCUGGUUCUUCUGCAGCUCUUUCUGUUUCAAUGGCUGCAAGCAGUGGACAAGUCACAGGAAAUGGCAUCGUCCAACUUCCUCAACAACAGCAAUAUAGUCACCCAAACACUGCCACAGUAGCUCCUUUCAUUUAUAGAACACACUCAGAAAAUGACAGUACCUCUUUACCACCUGCUGACUCCUGCACCAGUCCUACUAAAAUGGAUUUAUCAUACAGUAAGACUGCCAAACAGUGCCUAGAGGAGAUAUCUGGAGAAGACCCAGAAACAAGAAGAAUGCGAACAGUAAAGAAUAUAGCAGAUCUGCGACAGAAUUUGGAAGAAACUAUGUCCAGCCUUAGAGGGACCCAGAUAAGCCACAGCACAUUAGAGACAACUUUUGACAGCACUGUGACAACCGAAGUGAAUGGGAGAAGUAUACCAAGCUUGACAAGCCGAUCCACACCAGUGACUUGGAGGCUUGGCCAGGCUAGUCCUCGCCUCCAGGCAGGAGAUGCCCCAUCCUUAGGUAGUGGUUACCCUCGCAGUAGUGCUGGUCGCUUCAUACAUACUGACCCCUCGCGGUUCAUGUAUACCACACCUCUUCGCCGAGCAGCUGUUUCUCGCCUCGGGAAUAUGUCACAGAUUGACAUGAAUGAAAAAGGAAGCAGUGAUCUGGACAUGUCCUCUGAAGUUGAUGUUGGAGGUUACAUGAGUGAUGGGGACAUUCUUGGGAAAAGCCUCAGAACGGAUGACAUCAAUAGUGGGUACAUGACAGAUGGAGGACUCAACCUGUAUACAAGAAGUCUGAACCGAAUACCAGACCUAGCUGCCUCCCGAGACGUAAUCCAGAGAGGGGUGCAUGAUGUGACUGUGGAUGCUGACAGCUGGGAUGACAGCAGCUCAGUUAGUAGUGGCCUCAGCGACACUCUUGAUAACCUCAGCACAGAUGACCUGAAUACGACCUCAUCUGUCAGCUCUUAUUCCAAUAUUACUGCUUCUUCAAGAAAAAACGCUCACACUCAGCUGAAGACUGAUUCAGAGAAACGGUCCGUAACAGACAGUGAAAACUGGGGCAGCACUGAAGAACUGAAGAAGCCAGAGGAGGACUUUGACAGCAACGUAGACAGCAGUGGGAAAUGGAAGGGCCUUCCCUCGGGGCUGUCUGAAGACUCAGAGAAGGGAGGUCAGAAAGCAUCUCUGUCUGUUUCACAGACUGGAUCCUGGAGGAGAGGCAUGACAGCACAAGUCGGAACGACCUCAUCCAGACACAAAGCUGGGACAAGUGCUCUCAAGACACCUGGAAAAACAGAUGAUGCGAAGGCUUCUGAAAAAGUGAAAACUCCCCUCAAAGGCACCUCUAUACAGCGCUCUCCAUCAGACGCAGGAAAAAGCAGUGGCGAUGAAGGAAAAAAGCCUCCCUCUGGCAUUGGACGAUCAACAGCUACUGGCUCCUUUGGAUUCAAGAAGGCUGGGGUGGGAUCUUCGACUAUAAUCACCACAAGUGGGGCAACCAUAACAAGUGGGUCGGCGACACUGGGGAAGAUGCCCAAAUCCUCAGCCAUUGGUGGCAAGUCAAAUGCAGGGAGGAAAACUAGCUUAGAUGGGUCACAGAAUCAGGAUGACGGUGUAUUACAUGUUAACUCAAAGACCACACUGCAGUAUCGGAGUUUGCCACGCCCUUCAAAAUCGAGCACCAGCGGUAUUCCCGGAAGAGGUGGACACAGGUCCAGCACCAGCAGCAUCGACUCUAAUGUCAGCAGCAAGUCUGCAGGUGCUGCCACCACCAAACUGAGAGAGCCCACGAAGAUUGGCUCAGGGCGCUCCAGUCCCGUCACCAUCAAUCAGACAGACAAGGAAAAAGAGAAAGUGGCGGUGUCUGAUUCCGAGAGUGUUUCAUUGUCCAGUUCCCCCAAAUCCAGCCCAACCUCCGCCAGUGCCUGUGGGACACCAGGUCUCAGGCAGCCAGGAUCCAAAUACCCAGACAUUGCCUCGCCCACAUUCCGAAGGUUGUUUGGUGCCAAGGCUGGUGGCAAAGCUGCCUCUGCACCCAAUACUGAAAGUGUGAAACCCACAUCAGCAAUGCCCAGCCCUAGUACCACAUUAGCACGGCAAGGAAGCCUAGAAUCUCCAUCUUCGGGUACAGGCAGCAUGGGCAGUGCAGGUGGGCAAAGUGGUAGCAGCAGCCCCCUCUUCAGUAAACCCUCGGAAUUAAAUACAGAUGUUGUAAGCUUAAGUCACUCCUUGGCUUCCAGUCCAGCAUCUGUUCACUCUUUCACAUCAGGUGGUCUCGUGUGGGCUGCAAACCUGAGCAGCUCCUCAGCUGGCAGUAAGGACACACCAAGUUACCAGUCAAUGACUAGCCUGCACACGAGCUCUGAAUCUAUUGAUCUCCCUCUGAGCCAUCAUGGCUCUCUCUCUGGAUUGACGACAGGCACUCAGGAGGUUCAGAGCAUGCUCAUGAGGACUGGAAGCGUCAGAUCUACACUAUCGGAAAGCAUGCAGCUUGACAGAAAUACACUACCCAAAAAGGGACUAAGAUAUACCCCAUCAUCUCGGCAGACCAGCCAGGAGGAGGGCAAAGAGUGGCUGCGCUCCCAUUCCACUGGAGGUCUGCAGGACACUGGCAGUCAGUCCCCUAUCGUUUCGCCUUCAGCUAUGUCUUCCUCUGCAACUGGGAAAUAUCACUUUUCCAACUUGGUGAGUCCAACCAACCUGUCCCAGUUUAACCUUCCUGGACCCAGUAUGAUGCGUUCAAACAGCAUCCCUGCACAAGACUCUUCUUUUGACCUGUAUGAUGACUCCCAGCUGUGUGGCAGUGCCACAUCCUUAGAAGAGAGACCACGAGCAAUCAGUCAUUCAGGCUCAUUCAGAGACAGCAUGGAAGAAGUACAUGGGUCCUCAUUAUCACUGGUCUCCAGCACCUCCUCUCUCUAUUCUACAGCAGAAGAAAAGGCACAUUCAGAGCAAAUUCAUAAACUCCGAAGGGAACUGGUUGCAUCACAGGAAAAAGUUGCCACCCUCACAUCCCAGCUUUCAGCAAAUGCUCAUCUAGUAGCAGCUUUUGAAAAGAGCUUAGGAAAUAUGACUGGCCGACUGCAGAGCCUAACAAUGACAGCUGAACAAAAGGAAUCUGAGCUUAUAGAACUAAGAGAAACCAUUGAAAUGCUGAAAGCCCAGAAUUCUGCUGCGCAGGCUGCUAUUCAGGGAGCUUUGAAUGGCCCUGAUCAUGCCCACAAAGAUUUGCGUAUAAGACGACAACAUUCCUCAGAAAGUGUUUCCAGCAUCAACAGUGCCACAAGCCAUUCAAGCAUUGGCAGCGGUAAUGAUGCUGACUCCAAGAAAAAGAAAAAGAAAAACUGGGUGAACUCUAGAGGAAGUGAGCUAAGAAGCUCAUUCAAACAGGCCUUUGGAAAGAAAAAGUCCACCAAGCCUCCUUCCUCACAUUCCGACAUAGAGGAACUCACCGAUUCAUCUCUUCCAUCAUCACCCAAAUUGCCCCACAACUCAGGGGACUGUGGGACAUUGUUAAUGAAACCAUCACAGUCAGCAUCUGCGUCAUCUCUAAUCUGGGCACCAAAGAAAAGGCAAAAUGGUCAUGUGACCUACAAGCAUAGAUCCCGGAUAUGUGAGUGCACAGAGGCAGAGGCUGAAAUUAUUCUACAGCUAAAGAGUGAGCUGAGGGAAAAAGAGCUAAAGUUAACAGACAUUCGUCUCGAGGCCCUCAGCUCGGCACACCAUCUUGAUCAGAUUCGUGAAGCCAUGAACCGCAUGCAGAAUGAAAUUGAGAUACUGAAAGCUGAAAAUGAUCGCUUAAAGGCAGAGACUGGAAACACCGGAAAGCCGGCUCGACCAUCUUCUGAGUCUUCAAGCAGCACAUCCUCCUCUUCAUCACGGCAAUCAUUAGGGCUUUCUCUGAACAACUUGAAUAUCACAGACUCUGUUACGUCAGAUAUUUUACUGGAUGAUGUCACAGAUGGAGCCCUCCCCAAAGAAGGCCACAGUGUUAAAAUUAUAGUCACCAUAAGCAAGGGCUAUGGUCGAUCCAAGGAUCAAAAGACGCAGGCAUAUUUGAUAGGAUCCAUUGGGGUUAGUGGGAAAACCAAAUGGGACGUUUUAGAUGGAGUAAUUAGACGUCUCUUUAAGGAAUAUAUCUUCCGAGUGGAUCCAGCUACUAGCCUGGGUUUAAGCUCCGAUUGUAUUGCUAGCUACUGUAUAGGGGAUUUAAUCAGAGCCCAUAGCCUGGAAGUGCCUGAACUGCUGCCUUGUGGAUAUCUGGUUGGAGAUAAUAACAUCAUCACCGUGAACCUGAAAGGAGUGGAAGAAAACAGUUUGGACAGUUUUGUGUUUGAUACACUAAUUCCUAAGCCAAUUACCCAACGGUACUUUAAUUUGCUGAUGGAGCAUCACAGAAUCAUCCUGUCAGGACCCAGUGGCACUGGAAAGACCUAUUUAGCCAACAGACUGGCUGAAUACAUAAUAACUAAAUUGGGCAGGAAAAAAACUGAGGAUGCAAUUGCUACUUUUAAUGUAGAUCACAAAUCAAGCAAGGAUCUGCGUCAAUACCUAGCUAACCUGGCUGAGCAGUGCAGUGCUGACAAUAGUGGUGCUGAUCUCCCUGUAGUAAUAAUUCUUGAUAACCUCCACCAUAUUGGUUCUUUGAGUGAUAUCUUCAAUGGUUUCCUCAAUUGUAAAUAUAAUACAUGUCCCUAUAUUAUUGGAACAAUGAACCAAGGGGUUACUUCAUCACCAAAUCUAGAGCUGCAUCACAAUUUCAGGUGGGUGCUAUGUGCUAAUCACACGGAACCUGUAAAAGGUUUCCUGGGCAGGUAUCUGAGAAGGAAACUGAUUGAGACAGAAAUAGAAAGGAACAUGCGCAAUAAUGACCUCAUCAAGAUUAUUGACUGGAUCCCUAAGACAUGGCAUCAUCUCAACAGCUUUUUAGAAACGCACAGCUCCUCAGAUGUGACCAUUGGUCCUCGCCUUUUCCUCCCCUGCCCCAUGGAUGUUGAUGGCUCCAGAGUGUGGUUCACAGACCUUUGGAACUAUUCUUUGGUGCCAUAUCUUCUGGAGGCCGUGAGAGAGGGACUUCAGAUGUAUGGUAAAAGAGCGCCAUGGGAGGAUCCCUCAAAGUGGGUAGCAGAUACUUACCCAUGGAGCUCCGCACCUGUGCAGCAUGAAUGGCCAUCAUUACUUCAGUUAAGACCAGAAGACAUUGGGUUUGAGGGUUACGCAUCUGCACAAGAAGGAACCACCUCCAAGCACAUUCCACAAAGCGACACUGAAGGGGAUCCCUUGAUGAAUAUGCUAAUGAGGCUCCAAGAAGCAGCCAAUUACUCGAGUGCACAAAGCUGUGACAGUGAUAGCACCAGCCACCAUGAUGACAUUUUGGAUUCCUCUCUUGAAUCAACUCUCUAGAGGGGACAAACCUGGGUAGAGGAUUAUAGUAAAAUCUAUUGCCACUAACUACUGCCAGGAUUAAAGCAGCACACUGAGGUCCCUGAACAAGAGCGGCGUGUUGUAGGUAGGCAGGAGGCUUAACUCUGCAAAGUCAGGAAUUAAAAUUGAAGUGGAAAGCUUGAAUUUGUUUAAUUUCAAGGCAUUUCAAUAUGAGUGGAGCCGAGUAAGACUCCAUUAAUCAACUGGAAAGGGCCCUAAAUGGAGGGCAACUAAGCAGAUUGCACAUGUGUUAGCCAAACUGGAACCUUUUUUUGUUUUUCCUCUCUCUCUCUCUCUCUCUCUCUCUAACUCUCUCUCUAAAAGUUUACAGUACAAACUUUUUGUUUUUUUCCUUUACUUUUCUCUGAGGUGCUGCAUUAGCAAUGCAGUCUUCUGCUCCUCUUCUAACCUCUGUUGUGCCACAUGGUGCUGGUCACAGGACUACAGUAGUGUUUGUCGUACACUACUGCCCAUUCCAAAAUGAAUCAAAGAUGAUGAUAGUAACUCAAUAAGCACAAACAGUAUUGUGCUAUCACCAGAAAACACUACUGUGAUAUGCUGGAUAAGUGCCAAUUUAAUUCUUAAUUGCCAUGGUCACAGUGACACUCUCCAUGAAGUUUUUAGUGUACAAGUCACCGAUUUUAUAAAGUUGUUUUUACCACAAAGGUCUUUUUUAACCACCUACCCACUCCUUUACAGUUUUAUACCAAUUAUUAACCAACACUGACUAAAGGCUUUUUAGGGCUUCAUUUGUUUGAGCCUUUUCAGUGGAAGAAGGAACAUUUCCUAUGGUGCUGUUUCACUGCCUUAAAACAGAUUUCUAGAACAGUUUUACGGUUGGUUUAAUUCCUAAACCAUUGGUAAUUUACACUGUUUUGUUUUCAUUUAUUACCGAAAUAACGUCAGUUAACACAGUAGCCUCAUAUCUGUAUAUCAUGAUUUUUUAAGAAAUGGAUAGGAGAAAGAACAGUUGCUAUAUAGUAUUUUUAUCUUGUGAAUAGAUUGCUCUGCCUACCCUCAGAAAUAUACAAGAAACCUAGAACCCACUUCCACUAUCACCUAAAAGCUGAAAAAGCUGACCCAGAACCAUUCAGUCCUGUGGAAUGGAGUUUUUGAAGGAUAGAUGUUUCGAAUUCUUAUCCAGCAGAGCUGGAUGCACUUGAUGCAGCAUGAGCACAAAUAUUUGUUUAUUUUUUUUUCUUUUUCUAAUUUUAAGCAUGUUGUUUUGAUUGAUAUUGUUGUACAUGAAAAAAAAACAGCAUUAAAGAACACUGAAGCAGUGAUGUCCACUGUGGAAGAGGAAGAGUUUAUACUGUAAAAGUGGGUUGGUUUUGCACAGUCUACUGGGUGGGUAUUGUAAAUAUAAAAAGCCUUGCACAAAUCAAAACAAACAAACAAGAAAUUGUAUUUUAUCCUGUUGGUGUUAAGAGAUGUUAUACUUGCUGAGAUUUCCUCAAUGUUGCAAACAAAUACAGAAUGCAAACCUUAAAAACUGUUUUUAACCUCGUGUGUUUGUCCUGUAUUUACAGUUGUUAUGACUAUGCAGGAGCUAUCAAUGCUAGAGUGAGCAUGUUUCAAUUUGUAUAUUAAGCCAAUACAUUUCUGGGGGCAAAAAAUGAAAUUUUAAGUGCAUCUGUCAUGGCAGGCUACAAACAGAUUGCAUGAAAACUGAUCAGAAUAAUUGGAAAUGCUAUUGCCACAAGAGACAACUGGAUAAAAUAAUUAAAAAAAAUAAUAAUCCAAGGGCUAUGGCAUUGUGUAUAUGUACUGUACACUUAAAUGGAUGUUACCUUCAGGAUGUUGUAAUUGGUGCUACUAACUCUUUGUGGCCACCCUGUGGUCAUUUGCUUUAAAACAAAGACAAAGAAAUCAAUGCAGUUUCCAAUGGCACUGAGCUGCAUCAGUGAAUCUAGCGGUCCGUACACGGUGCUAUUGCCCUAGUACAAACUCUAAUUGAUUUUAUGCAUGUAGAAUGUAGUCAGACUGACGUGGAGCCCCAAAACUUAGAUCAGUUUCUAUUGUAAAACAUCAGCACAUGUAUCUGACAGCUGAUCAAAAAAACCAGCUGAUCUUUGUUACAUAUGUGUUCUGAACAAAUUUGCAAAUCUUUUCCUGCCAUUUUAGAUACAAACACACACAAUAUUACCAUAUACAAAACUUCCUGCAAUACAUCUCAGUGAGUCCACCUAGUUUACAACUUAAAAAUUGUUUGUGAAACAUUUGUCUGUAUACAUUUUAUAUUUUGUACAUUUUUUGAUGUAACAUAUCAUGUAAAUAGACAGAAACAGUGAAAUAAAUCAUCUGAGAAGUUUUGUAGUCUUUGUAAAGCUCUAAUAAUAAGUAUUUGGUGUCAUCGGACUUAACUGGAUGAUGUAUUUUUAUUGGUUUAUUGUUCCUCUAGCUUGUAAACCAGCUUGCAUAUAUUUUUUUGCAGGUGUGCACACUGUAUCUGUCUAAAUUAUUACUUUGACAUUAAAGUGGAAUUAUUUAUUGAAA